AUGUAUUCUUUCUUUCUUUCUUUCUUUCUUUCUUUCUUUCUUUCACUCUUCUUUUCCUUCACUUUUUUCUUCAUUUCUUCCCGUUUCAUGUAUUCUUUCUUUCUUUCUUUCUUUCUUUCCCUCUUCUUCUCCUUCGCUUUUAUUUUCUUCUUUUCUUCCCGUUUCAUUUAUUUUUUCUUUCUUUCUUUCUUUCUUUAUUUCUUUCUUUCUUUCUUUUCCUUCGCUUUUAUUUUCUUCAUUUCUUCCCGUUUCAUGCAUUCUUUCUUUUUUCUUUCUUCUUUCUUUAUUUCUUUCUUUCUUUCUUUCUUUCUUUUCCUUCGCUUUUAUUUUCUUCAUUUCUUCCCGUUUCAUGCAUUCUUUCUUUUUUCUUUCUUUCUUUCUUCUUUCUUUUUUCUUUUUCUUUUCUUUCUUUCUUUUUUUUUCCUUCGCUUUUAUUUUCUUCAUCUCUUCCCGUUUCAUGCAUUCUUUCUUUUUUCUUUCUUUCUUUCUUCUUUCUUUAUUUCUUUCUUUCUUUCUUUUCCUUCGCUUUUUCUUCUUUUCUUCCCGUUUCAUGUAUUCUUUCUUUCUUUCUUUUUUCUUUCUUUCUUUCUUUCUUUCUUUCUUUCUUUUUUCUUUCUUUUCCUUCUUUUCUUCCCGUUUCAUGUAUUCUUUCUUUCUUUCUUUCUUUCUUUCUUCUUCUUCCCUUUCAUGUAUUCUUUCUUUCUUUCUUUCUUUCUUUCUUUCUUUCUUUCUUCUUUCUGUCUUUCUUUCUUUCUUUCUUUUCCUUCGCUUUUAUUUUCUUCAUUUCUUUCCGUUUCAUGUAUUCUUUCUUUCUUUCUUUCUUUCUUUCUUUCUUUCUUUCUUUCUUUCUUUCACUCUUCUUUUCCUUCGCUUUUUUCUUCUUUUCUUCCCGUUUCAUAUAUUCUUUCUGUUUUUCUUUCUGUCUUUCUUUCUCUCUUCUUCUUCCCGUUUUUAUCUAUUAAUACAUCUUUUGUUUUACUUUUUGUCUUUCACCUCUUUUCUUUCGCUUUUCUUCUUCUUCUUUUCUUCCCGUUUCAUCUAUUACUUCUUUCUUUCCUUCUUUCUUUCUUUCUUUCUUUCUUGCCCUUUCUUCUCUUUCGCUCUUCUUCUUCUUCUUCUUCUCUCUCCACCUCUCCCUUCUUCAUUUCUUCUUCUUCUUCUUCUUCUUCUUUGUCUUCUUCUUUUUCUAUUUCUUCUUCUUCUUUCAUUUCUUCAUCUUCUUCCUUUUUUCUUCUUCUUCCUUCAUUUCUUCUUUCAGUUUUUCUUCUUUCAUUUCUUCUUCUUCCUUCAUUUUUCUUCUUUCUCCUUCAUUUUUUCUUCUUCUAUUUUUUUUCUUCUUCUUCCUUCCUUCAUUUCAAUUCGCCCUUUAUUUUUUUUUCUUUAUUUUCUCUUUCUUCUUUCAUUUAUUCUACUUCCUUCAUUUUUCUUUUUUUUCUUCAUUUCAUCUUUCAGUUCUUCUUCUUCCUUCAUUUCUUCUUCCAUUUCUUCCUCUUCCUUCAUUUCUUCUUCUUCUUUUCAUUUCUUCUUCCAUUUCUUCUCUUCCUUCAUUUUUCUUCUUCUCCUUCAUUUUUUUUCCAUUUUUCCUCUUCCUUCAUUUCUUCUUCUUCCAUUUUUCUUCCAUUUCUUCCUCUUCCUUCAUUUCUUCUUCUUCUUUUCAUUUUUCUUUCCUUCAUUUUUCUUCAUUUCUUCUUCUUCCUUCUUUUUCUUCCUUUCUUCUUCUUCAUUUCUUCUUCUUUCUUUUUUUUUUUUUUUUCAUUUCUUCUUCCUUCAUUUCUUCUUCUUCUUCCUUCAUUUUUUUUCCAUUUUUCCCUUCCUUCCUUUCUUCUUCUUCUUAUUCUUCUUUUUUUCUUCUUCUUCUUCUAUCUUUUCCUUCAUUUCUUCUUUCAUUUUUUCUUCCUUCAUAUUUUAUUUUCUACCUGUCUUCUUCUCAUAUGUUCAUUUCUUCCAUUUCAUUCUUUUCAUUUCUUUUCUUUCAUUUCUUCAUUCAUUCUUUCCUUUCGUUUCUUGUUUUUCUCUUGUUUGUCUCCUUUUUUUUCUUUUUUUCUUCGUUCUCUUUCAUCCGUUACUCAUCAUUGUUCUUUUCUUCUCCUCCUCCUUUUCUUUUCUUUCCCUUUCAUCUGUUACACUUCUUCCUCUUUCUUUCUUUCUUUCUUUCUUUCUUUUCUUCUUUGUUCACCUUUACUCCUUCUUCUUCUUUCCUUUCCUCUUCUUGUUCCUUUACUUCCUCAACUAUAUUUCUUCACCUCUUUCGUCUUUUUUUUUCUUUUUCUCAUUAUAAUCAUCAUCAUUACUUCUCGUGACCAUCAACCCCUUUUCUUCUCUUUGCCAGUGUUAUUUUUAUUUUCCUUUUUUUUCAAUUUAUUCUUGGGUCUCUCUCCCUUUUUUCUUUACUUCUUUUUUCUUCCCUUCUUUUUGUCUCUUUUUUUUCUUUCUUCUACUUUUUCUUUCGUCUUCCUUUUUUCUUCUUCCUUUUACUCCUUCUUUUCUCCUUGCAUUUAUCUUCUUCCUCGUCGUCUUCUUUUCCUCCUCCUCUUCCUUCUUCAUCUUUUCCUCCACCUUCUUCUUUUCCUCGUCCUCCUCCUUCUUCUUUUCUAUCUCCUCUUCCUUCUCGUCCUUCUUCUUCCGCUUUCUGCCAUGUUCAGGACGAUUUUUCCUUCUCUUCUUUCUUUCUGUAUUAUUUUUCUUCCGUUAAUUUCUUUAUUCUUUCCUUCUUUCUUUCUUUCCUUCUUUCUUUCUUUCUUUCUUUCUUUCCUUAAUUUCUUUAUUCUUUCCUUUUUUCUUUCUUUCUUUCUUUCUUUCUUAUUUUUCUUCCCUUAA